AUGGCUGAGAAGACCGAGAGCGAGAAAGCUACAAGCUCUUCAGAAAACCUGACGUGUCCACUAUGUCUUGAUAUCUUCGACGAGGCAACCAUCCUGACUUCAUGCGGACACACCUUCUGUCGGAAAUGUCUCAAGAACUAUGACCUGUCCCACCAGGAUCUCGAUCACAUGAUAUGUCCUCUGUGCAGGAAGAUCACCAAGUUGUCUGCGAACCGUGUCGAUGAUUUCCUCACCAAUGUGACUGUCAAUGGACUUGUAGACAAUUACCACGCCAAUUGUGGAGAUGUGAACGCUGUCCUUGAGAUGCGUCCAAAAUGCACUGCUUGCAAGUUUCAUCAAGAUGCUGUCUCAUUCUGCAGAACGUGUAAUAACUACAUGUGCACUAAUUGCGACUUCGGCCAUAAGCACCUGACAUCAUUCUUCGAAGGUCAUGAGAUUGUAUCCUUACAGGAUAUCAUCGACGGAAAGGUCAGCAUUGGUGACCUACCUGAGAAGUGCUGCAUCCACAAACAAGAGAACAGGGAUAUGUUUUGUGAAGAUUGUAAGGUCCAUGUCUGUUACAAGUGUGUGAUCGUCGGUCAUCAAAAUCACAACAUCAAGAAUCAGACUGACUUCGAGCAAAACUUGCGGCUAAAGGUGAACGACCUUGUCAAGAGAUGUGCCGCUAAGAAGACAGAACUGGAGAACAACAUUCAGAAUGUUGAAGUACAACGUCAGGAAGUAUACACUGCCGUGAAAAAGCUACUGAACGAUAUCAGUGAAGCCUACAGCAUCAAGGCCAAAGGGCUUGAAGAAAAUCAUCGAAAUCUCAUCGAGCAAAUCAAUAUAGUAAAGCGUAGUUUCGAUGACGACCUCAACGUCUUGAAAUCCAACGAUCGACAGAAGAUCAAGAGUAUUUGUAGUUCAAUAACACUGGUAGCUAAUGAAAGACUUGGUGGUCUCGAGACGGACAGUCUUUCUGCUCAUACCUUGCUCUGUGAGAAGCUGGUUGCCAUGCUGAAGGAGGCUACUGAUCACACUUCUGCGACAGCCAUUACGAAGAGAGCACAGGAGAAGAGGUUCAAGCCUGCAGAUGAUACUCGUCUUGACCUCGGGAGCAUCUUAGAAUCAGAUCCCAAGUUGCGAGUCAUUCAGUGUGUAGAUCUACGGGGAUGCAUGGUGGGUAUGACCCCGUACUCUGAGAACAGUGUAGCUAUCGGAUAUCUAAAAUCAACCUUUUACGUGAACGCCAAUGGAUUUAUUAGGCUUAACAGAAGUCCGUCAGAUGAAAUCCUCAUCGCUAGCAGUGAGAAGAAAGUCUAUAUCUAUGACCCGACGGGAUCCACACCCAAACACAUUGUUCCAACAAAACACAACGAUACGAAGCAGGUAUCUGGCACCAGGUCGGGUUUGAUCGUCACGAGUUCAUGUGAUUACACCGAUCCAAGCGUGGUGACGGUCUAUGACAGGGAUGGGAAUGCUGGUAAGUCUCUACAAGCUCCAGACGGUGUCCACCUGUAUGCUGCCGUGGAUGAGCAAGACAGGGUGUAUGUAGCGAGUGUUGAUGUUCCGAAUGGAAACGUGGUGAUCAGGCUCUAUGACCUUGAUGGUCUGAACCUGAAGGAGAGAGUUGAGUUCAAUAUAAUUAAUAUGACACUUGAUCAUUAUUGGUGUUAUUUGGUUUCCCUUUCACCAGACAUGCUCGCGUUUGCUUGUUACAAGAAGUUGUAUUUUAUCAAAGUAUCACUGUAA